AAAGUACCAUUGAACUGAUAUCAAAGCAAAAAUUCAAAUAUUUUUGAAACUGUUUCUUUAUAACGAACGUUCCAUUUUACACAAAAGGUAUUAUUGCACAAUCAAGUGUCAUGUUAUGCAAAAUACAGAUUGAGCACACUUACCAUAUCAGCGAAUGUGAAGUCCUGACCUGUACGUAAAUUCACGCUGCUUUCGUUUGUGAAUACCAUCUUGUCGUACUUCCCUGACAGUCUCACCACUACUAGUUCUUCAUACAAGCACAAAUUUAAGAUACAGAAAUGUCGUCCCUGUCUUUCACAUGCAUAUCGUGCCGGGUGGCCUUUGCCAGCGCUGACCUCCAGAGGGCGCACUACAAGUCCGACUGGCACCGCUACAACCUGAAGCGCAAGCUGGCUGAGAUGGUGCCAGUCACCGCCGAGGAGUUCAAGCAGCGGGUGCUGGACAAGCAAGCGCAGGCGUCCCAGGCCCAGCAGGACUCAUCUUCCUCAUGUCAAACAUGCGGGAAGCACUUCAGUACGGGGAACGCGUUCACCAAUCACAUGCAGUCCAAGAAGCAUAGGGAGACUGAAGCUCGCAUUGCUAGACAACGGGAGGUAGAGGUUGAGAAGAGAAAUGCCAAGAAUCGUGAGAAGGGACUUGAUUCAGAAUCAACAGCGGAAUCGAAAGAUGUCGCCACUGAAAACAAAUCUGUUGAUAAGGCAGAGACGUCAAAAACCAAAAUCAGAGAGAAGAGAGAGAGUUUGGGAGGGGCCUCCAGUUCAACUCAGGAUGUUGAAAUGGCAGAUGAUGACGACGAAUGGGAAGAGAUUGAGGGAGAGCCAAUCACAACCACCGAUUGUCUCUUCUGCAGUCACACCUCACAGUCCGUGGAGAAAAACUGCAGUCACAUGACGCGAGCCCACAGUUUUUUCCUGCCAAAUGUGGAGUAUGUGUGUGAUCUGGAAGGUCUCCUGGCCUAUCUGGGGGAGAAAGUUGGAUGUGGCUUCAUGUGUCUGUGGUGCAACGACAGAGGGCGCACUUUCUACUCAUUGGAUGCCGUCCAGAGACACAUGAGGGAUAAGGGACAUUGUAAGCUACAGUAUGAGGGCGACAUCAUUUAUGAGUAUGCCGACUUCUAUGACUUCAGAAAAAGCUACCCCGACCAUGCCAGAGGGGGUGAGACAGAGGAAGGGGUAGCGGGUGAUAGUGAUGAUGAUGAAGUGGACGACAGUGCGUUACAGAUCCAACAGGAGGGCUACGAGUUGGUGUUACCAUCAGGAGCACGAAUCGGUCACAGAGAACUCCAUCGUUACUUCCGUCAGAAUGUACCUCCAGUGCGGCAAAUUGUUAAGUGUCACAAGGCCGUGAUUGGUCGGAUAAUGACACAGUACCGAGCCCUUGGCUGGAGCGGGAAUAAAGGUGAGGCUGCCCAGAAGCAAAUCCGAGACAUGCGCUACUUUCAGAAGUUCCGCUCCAGGAAGGACCUACACCUGAGCAUGAAGGCCAACAAGAUGCAGCCACACCUCCGCCCUCAAGUCAUCUUCUGAGGAGUGGUGUGUCGCGGUCGCAUUUCCUGGUUCAAAAGCUGCGGUGUCCAUCCAGGGAAUCAUGGUCCUUGUGUCCGCAAGCAAGACACUUUACUAAUAUCACUUUUCAUCAUGUUAUAAAACAACGUAUGCUCAGAGGUUGGUUCACCACCCACACAUAUGCAGCAGUAGUGCCUAAGCAUCUAAGGGCAACAUUGGUAUCAGGUUUUGUAGAAACAAAAGGAUCUUGGAUAUGCUUGAAAGCAACGUUCGUUUUGCUUUCUGAAAAUCCCAGUUGGAGACAUGCUAUCUCAGAAUAAGCAACACAAGUUUACACAAGCAAUAAUCACAGAUUUUAAUUCCUAUUAAUAUUCAUGAAUGACAUGCAGAUGAACAUGCAUAUUGAGAAGUGAUUUGCAUAAGGGCUUGUAACAUCUUUGACUUACUUAAUAGGACUUGCAUAUGAAUUAUAUUUUGCGAUUAAAAUAAAUUUCAAAUGUAUUUGAUUUUGAGUGGAACAAAAAAAAUUCAUGGAAGCAAGAUUCAAACUACUGAUUUGGAGAAAAAGUACCUGAUACUCAAAAGGGUAAUAUUUUUUUUGCAUUUCAGAAAUCUUGUACAAUAAAAUGUCUCUAAUAUUAA